AUGGACAUCUUUGUCGAUGAUCAAAAUGACGGGUACCACCCAAACCAACUGAUGCGAGAUGGUUCAAUCCGAAACAGGGCCCUCCAACAUUUGUUCAGCUAUGGUCGUCCUUACUGGGGUGCAAUUUUGAGAACAGGGAACUUAGCAAUGGUUCAGCGCAUGGCUCGAACCAAGAUCUACGGCAAAGAAAACAAAGGUUUCGAACGCCUCAACGAUGUGGAGGCCAUCGCUCUCAUUCCCCACCGGAUCAACUUUCAUGUUGCUCUCUAUGACUUGGCGGAGACACUCAGUUCCAGCUAUCUACGAUAUAUCACGGGAAUCAGUGAGGACCACACGUUGCUGAGUACCACGCAGCCGUCAGAGCCCAUCCUUGCCUUUAUCUCAGCCCAGGACAUGCUAGAGGAUCCCGGCAGACGAUUGAGGGCUGUGGAAGCACUCUACGACAAUGUUUCGAAGGGGUUCAUCCAUCUUGGCGACAUCGGGGAGGCGAUCGCGGCGUUGAUCCUCAUGUUCACAUUUGACAGAGUCCAUGGGCUCCGUUAUCCGACGCCGGUCAAGUUCUCGAAGUUUAUAGAAACCCUGUUACCACAUUCAGCCGUACUCGAGAUCGAAUCUCGAAUGGGGGACAGCGAGAACAUGCAAGCUCUGGGGGACCAUGGCUUUGUGUUCUUUAAUCACUUCGUCAGACUUUCGGAGAGGCCUACUGAAAAGACCAUCAGAAUGGCAUACGGCCGCGGGGCAGCGAUAUUUGCACCACCGAGAUUCAAAGGCUGCGACAUCAUUAUUCCUAUCCAUGUCCAGGGCCAAGACAAAAUGUCGUAUUUCAUUGUCCAGGUCAAGAAUCGCAGCGACGACACAUUGAGCAAAAGUCUACGGAAUGAGGCCCGAGAAUCGCUCAAGUCGGCCGCAGAUAUUCUUCCCAGGCCUCCCAGUCACAUGGCAAUGCUAAUGUCUCUCCGUAGCAAAGACGGGCAGCGCGAUAUAGGGGUUGUGUACCCGGAGCCAGAUAGUGAGGAAAAAACCGAGGUCGAGAGACGACAACUCCGGUCGCCAGUACAAUUGGACCAGUGA